AUGGCUGACCAGGAGGACCUUCAACAACAGAUGAAACAACUCCAGGAGCAGAUUCGGACCCAGCAGGAACUGAUUCAAAGGCAACAGCAGCAGAUUCAGCAACAGCAGCACCAACUCGAUGGUCCCGUGCAACAGAACCCUGCUAACGCCAACACAACACCGCCCGUCAAACUUCCGCCGUUUUGGGCGGACUCGCCUGAGGUAUGGUUCACACAAGUCGAGGCGCAGUUCUUUCUGGCGUGCAUCACCCAAGAUCGAACGCGCUACGAUUACGUCGUCGCCCACUUGGACAGCCGCUACGCCAACGAGAUACGGGAUAUCCUCGACAAUCCACCAGCGGCCAACCUUUAUCAACAUCUGAAAACUGAACUCACCUGCCGCCUGUCACUAUCGGAAGACCAGAAAGUCCGACAACUCAUUCAGUCCGCAGAACUCGGCGAGCGCAAACCAUCACAGUUCCUCCGCCACAUGCGUGCUCUCGCAGGCAACACGCAAGUCCACGAUUUUUUACUGCGGACACUAUGGCUCCAACGACUACCACCACACGUCCAGGCCAUUCUACAGGCUCAACCUACGCUAGCUCUCAACCAACUUGCCGAAAUUGCUGACCGCGUCAUCGAGGUCUCUGUACCGCCGCUGUCGCCCACCGUCCACGCCGUCGAAGCAUCGCUGGACAAAACAGAGCUCGCGCACCGAAUCGACGAUAUCCCGCGGCAGCUCAGCUCCAUUCAACGACGCCUGGAUCAAAGUCCUCCGACGCGCCCCCGUUACCGCUCACAGAGCCGUGACCGUAACACCGGCCCGUCGCAGCAGCCUUGUGACAGUAGCCGAUGCUACUACCAUCGGCGCUUCGGGGACAGAGCCCGACAAUGCCGACCACCCUGCUUCAUGCGUGUCGAUCCGGACUGUCUAUUGGAAGUUCGAGAAAAAUAA